UGGCAACCCAGCUCCAAAUGCACAAGCAAGCUGAGCCAAAGCAACCAGCCAUGGAGAUGAACAGGUGGCUUAGUGCUAGCAUCCUGCUGAUGCUUUCGCUCGAGGCAGCCCUCCUUGUCGCCGGCCACCCCUCCGCCGCCGCCGUCGACGACGUCGUGGCCGCCAUUCGCCUCCCCAGCGACACCCAAGCUGCGGCGCCGGCCAGGCCGUGGAAGUGCUGCGACGCCGCAGUGUGCACCAGGUCGAUCCCGCCGAUCUGCCACUGCCAGGACGCGGUGCGGCAGUGCGACGCCGCCUGCAAGGACUGCGUGCCGUCCACGGCGUACCCGUCCCUCUCCGUCUGCAACGACCGGUACACCGGCGACCCCGGGCCCAUAUGCAGGCCGUGGGACUGCUGCGACUUCGCGGUGUGCACCAGGUCUAUCCCGCCGUUCUGCCGUUGCACCGACGAGGUGGACCAGUGCGCCGCCACCUGCAAGGACUGCGCGGCCUCCACGUCGGGCCCUUCCCGCCGCGUCUGCCAAGACGUCUUCCUCGGGUUCCCCGGGCCCAGGUGCACCGUCGAGGGUAACAACAACGUCGGUAACUAGUACUCACGCAGUCACGCGCGGCCUCACCGGCCGGCGCGAACGUUGAUCGCCCGAUCACCGCCGACGACGGUGGUGCGGGUUGCUCUUGCUGAUGCGUGAAAGAAUAAUAAAAUAAAGGUUGCAUCUUGCAAUAUGUAUGGUGUGGGUCAGCACUUCUACUCCGGUGCUCCUCCUUUGGAGAAAAUCUGGGAGCAUCCAACAUCGGUGAAGAUUUUUUCA